UUUUCCCCAGCCGAGAGGAUCGGAACACAUUCCUUCUGUGCGCUUGCAUCAUGGAGGCUAGCAGCCAGUCCAACAGUCAACAGGUUCUGUAUAAUGAUGUUGAAGGGGCUAAAGAGAAGAGGACAAAGUACCGGCUCUACCAGCGCAUGGCUUUGAUUCUGACCUUUGUCUUCCUUCUUUUGGGCCUCUGCAUUUUCAGCUUGUCAUAUCUAUGGAGCCCCUCCCUGGGAAAAGUCUACGACCACGAGUACAAAGCCAUGCUGGAUGGUGUUGAGACACGCAGCCUGAUGGAGAUCGACCCGAUUCGGCAGAUUGAAAUCUUCCGUAUCGGAAAUGGGAGUAAAGAGGUUCUCGAGGUGCACGACUUCAAAAAUGGACUCACUGGGAUUCGCUUUGCCGAACAUCAGAAGUGCUACAUCAGGAGUCAAACCAGGACACUGCCCACAGCGGAAAAGGUGGAAGCUGAGGAAGGCAACUUAGAGGUGGAUGAAAUGGAUACAAAAAUGGAGGACUCCCAAGUGUGGAUUCCUGCCGAGGAACCCAUCGUCGACCCGGUGUUCCUCUUCCAGUCCAGGAUCUGGGAAUUCUGCCAAGAACUACCCAUCCAUUGGAUCCAUCCCUCCCGCUUGAGCGACUCGGAGCUGCAGGAGGAGGUAGAGCAUUUGGACUCCCCCGACACAGAGGUGAAAGGUCAUCGCUCUGCCCGUGACGUGGAGUACCACCCUCCAGUUAACGACUACAGAGGCGUGGGUCUGGAACUGGACAACCGCCUGGACGAGCGGGGUUACUGCUGCCAAUACUGUCACCGUGGCUACCGCUUCUGCCGCCGCUAUCACGUGCCCCUGGGCGGCUUCAACCCGUGGCCAUACUAUUAUCGAGGGGGCCACGUCAUCUGCCAGGUGGUGAUGCCGUGCAACUGGUGGAUCGCCCGCAUGCUGGGGAGGAUCUGAAAGGAGCGAGCCAGGGAACAGUUGUAGUCCGCAUUGAAUGGUUGCUUUGAUGCAUCUUUUACACCACUCAUGAGAUGAAAGUGGACCGACGGCUGUUAAUUAUUUCCUAAGCUAAAUGUUGGCCGGAGGCUUGCUCGUCACACUAAAUGGGCCCUGGGGCAUUUUGGAGGCUUUCUUAAAAGGAAGUCAUCAUCUAUCAUUACAAAUGCUUUUUUUUAUCAUCAUGUAUAAUGCAUGCUAAAAUUUUUGGCCAUUGUCAAAUAUUUGAGAAGAAUUGUGAUCAUUUGUGGGAAGUUUUACUGUACUGUAUCAAUAUUUUUAUACAGGACAACAGUACAUUAUGUCAAGGUUUUUCCCUAGCAGUUAUUCCUUUGUUAAGCAUGUUCAUGUAAAAUAUUUUAGUUCAGAAAAUGUAGUUAUUAUUACUAUAAUUAUUAAUUAGGGUUGAAAAGUACUGUAAUGUAUAGCUAUUUACAAACAGCUCACAGUAUUAAUGGUAAAAUUCCAAUUGUAUU